CUGGAUGUGCAUGUCUUUGCCAUGGAGCCUUUCACCCUGAGCAAAUCACUUGCAGUGGCUUAAAUGGUUCCUGAGCCCCCCGCCGUCUAUUAAACAGGGCAGGACCUUGCACUGUUACCACCAACUCUGACCAGAUUCGGGUUGUGUUUGGAACUUCUACUGGACCCCAUGGCAUUGUCUGGAACAGGCACGCUAGUGGCUUCCCUUGUCUGCAAGAUAACAGCUUCAACAGCUAUGGCCAAAGUUGGAGGUGCAGUCUCGGGUACCAUUCUAGCUGGCUCCCAGGGGCUCACCCUGUUAUCCCAGACUGCCCUGGGCUCUGGAGCACCUGUGCUUGCAUCUGCAUUUAGGGCACUGAAGGCUGGAAGCAUCCUGUCAGGGGGCCCUGCCUAUGUCUUGGUUGUUUGUCCCACUGGAGCCAAGGCUGCUGUUGCUGUGCUUGGGGGAGCCAUGACCGUAGCUGCUGUGCCCCCCGUGCUGGGUGCUGUGGGCUUCACUGGGACAGGAAUUGCUGCCUCCUCUCUAGCAGCUAAGAUGAUGUCCUUGUCAGCUAUUGCUAAUGGGGGUGGAGUCGCGGCUGGUAGCCUGGUGGCCACUCUGCAGUCCGUGGGAGCUGCAGGACUCUCCCUGUCAUCUAAAGUCCUCUUAGGCUCUGCAGGAUCUGCCGUGGUGGCCAGUGUGAUGGGCAUCUCUCAGAGUUCCCGAUCUUCUCUCCUCGGAGAAGAGGACAUGAAAGGAGAGGGGACAGGUCACAGCUUGUCCAACCUAGAGAAUGAAGCAGACAGGGAAGCAGAGGAGACACCCCCAAGCUUCUCCCACACAGAGAGUGAUCAGUUAACCUCAGGGAAUGAUCUGUCCUCUUGGGAUCUGCAGGAUCUUGUCUUCUGUGUAGUGUAAUGGCAUCUGUGUGAGAUCGAGUUCUCUGUUUAGAGGACAGGGGAGUAGAGGUGACACCUCCCUGCUUGGUCAACCUAGAGAAUGAUCAGUCAACCCCAGGAGACGAUCUGCCAGUGUCAGAUGCCUAACUGGAAAAAAGAAAUAAAACCAAGUUGU